GAGUAUUAAUGUACAGUAUUCGGAUAACGUACUGACCCGAUUUUGACAUUUUUCGUCGAACUAUCGACAAUCGCUUAUUGUUGAUAACCGUGGAAAUCUUUUCUGAAACAGCGCAGCACACCUUCAGUAGAAGACAUGUUCUAUUAUCCCAAUGUUUUACAACGGAAAACGGGAUGCUUCUCAACUAUUUGGCAGGCUGCCACCCGAGGGACUCAAGUGAAACGCAGAGAAUAUCUGAAAGUAAACAUCGGCAAGACAUGUGAGGACAUCAUUCAGUACAUUUUGGUGCAGGUGGAAGCUCCUAUUCGGUCACUCCCUCGGCCUCGAUUUUCCCUCUACUUGUCUUCAAUGUUGCAAUAUGGAGUUGUUGUGGUCUAUCACAAGCACUGCAACUACCUUCUGGAGGAAAUGCACAAUAUACUUGAAAGACUCCUCCGUUACAGCAAGCAGCUAAAAAUUGACAUGGUUGAACUGGAAAGAGCUAAUUUGAAUGUUCCGGAUCGCCUGAGUCUGAUGGAGGUCUACGAAGGAGCCUUUGACCCAUUCUUUGGGAUCAUGUCCUCCAGUUUGGAGUUACCUAGCCCUAUGCAACUGCCCCAUCUGAAACAUAUGUUGGUGUCUGCCACUCCAGAGCUGCAUCGUGAAAUGAGUCCAGUGACUUCCCCUCCUCUGUCAGUUUCAAUGCAGCCUGUCACCCUGAAGGAGCCAGAAUCAAUUGCAGUCCUACCCACAGAAGAGGAGAAAGACCUGGAUGAAAUUACUGAACAGGAGCUUGAAUUUUUCAUGCAACAAGAUGAUAACUUUAUAACUAAAGAGGAUGAAAAAAUACCAAGGGCGAGACCAGAGAAGAAGAAGAAACCAGCUAAACCAGCUAAAGUGGAACAACUUCUUCAAGACUUGCUAAGUGAGACCCUGCCACUGAGUCAAGAUAUUUCCCAUCUGGAUGAGAUACCAAAAAGACCAGAGGCCCAGGAACCUCCUGAGUUUUUCCCAGAAGAGACACCACUGUCCUUGGUUUCAGGGGAUGUGACAAUUCCUACACCAAUAGAAGCUCCUACUGCUAUCUCAUUACCUGUUCCCCCAACUGAAUUAUCCCCACCAGAGGAACCACCCCGCCGUCGCUCUCGACGCCAACUUAUAUUUGCUGAUGUCACCACACAGAUACCCCCAGAGGAGUUCCGUCAGCAGAUAGAAAAUCCUGCAAUACAAACUCAAGCACUGUCAAAAGUUCUGAUUCAGGAUCCAAGACACAGCAGAAUAAUGCCAAUUGAACUCUUCACCAGACCAGGCUACCGGCCUCUUCCGCCUGCACACCUACAGGAACUCUGGAAUCGGUGUGCUGUUGUGACCCCACUUGACCACACAACUAAGCGAAAACGUUUAAUAACUGAAGAGGAGGAAGAAAGUGAAAUAGAAAUUUUCUUCGGAGACCAAGAGCCAAGCAUUCCCCCAUUGGAAAUAACUGUUCCACCUGGGGUCCUGGAAGCUUCGGGUGAGGAGAGGUCAUACAGCUUCACUCCUCCAGAGGCAGGACGAUCACCAGCAAAGUCUGUGCUCUCAAGAGCUGAAAGUCACCUGGCAGUUCUAGAGGACAUCCCAGAAGAGAUCUCUAUGCUAGAGCAACCUGAGAUCUUGGUAGAGGAGCCACUGACGCCAGAAAACCUAUACAGGCUCAUUGCACAACAUAUUGAACAAUAUGGGGAAACGUACUUAGACCAACUGGUUCCACCUGGAUCUCCUCGUCGAAUGGCCUGCAUGGCGUUCAGCACCAUUCUAGUGCUCAAACAGAAGAACAUUCUGCAUCUGGUCCAGGCAGUUCCUUACGGACGGAUUCUCAUCCAGCCGGGUCCUUUGUAUCAAGACUUAUUCCGCACAGAGAGCGACAUGUAAGGUUCCAGCAUUUUUUUUGUCUCUAACCAUUUUUGGGCCUGUUUUGGAUUACUUGACAUUUCAGUUAUUUUAAAGAACAGUUACUCAAUAAGUUGUGAUAUUCUACUCUACGACUUAGCCGUUUGAU